GCAAGUGAAACCCAUUUUAAGGGUUGUUUUUCAUUUCACUCACAAAUUUGAGUUUCUUACUCAACAGAAAAACUUCUCCGCUCUCUUCUCCAGCGAAGCCCUCAUUCUGAAUUUUUAGGGCUUAAUAUUCUUUCUGUCAGGUUGGAUUAACAUAAAAUUUUCAUUGUCUGGCGAAAAAGAGGGUUCAAAUGGCAUCAUCCAUGGCUGAUGAGGACAGAAUUUCGAAACUACCUGAUGCACUGAUCACUCACAUCCUGUCUUUCCUCCCCACUGAAGAAGUUGUUCGAACGUGCCUUCUUUCAAAGCGUUGGAAACUCAUCUGGUAUUCAGUCCCCACUAUCUUUUUCUCCAAUGAUAAAAAUAGGGAUGAUCUUGAAAAGUUGUACAAUUAUGUCGAUAAAUAUGUGGAACAACGCAAGAGAGGUAUGGAAUUUAUGGUCGAUUCAGACAUAACUAGUUUUGUGCUUAAUAUGUAUGGAGAAUGUGAAAGAAGUAAGACCUGCCUCAUAGAUAAAUGGUUAGGUUUUGUUCUUGAGAAAAAAGUAAAGAAAAUAAAACUUUAUCCGAGUCUAGAUCCAUUCGUCUACUACAGCUUACCGAAAAUAUUCUUUGAAAAUGCAAGAUAUUUGACUAUUUUAAAGUUGCACAAGAUAGAGUUGGAUACUUCUUAUUCAGGUAGUUUUCCAUCUCUAAAAACUCUAGUUUUGGACUAUGUUCAAAUUUCGGAUACUACAAAGAAUGAUGGGGUAUUUAAGUUUUUGUUGGGUUGCCCUUCUCUUGAGAGAUUACGAUUACGUGAUGCUGAAUUCUAUGAUGUUGAUGAUCAGUUACGAUUACAAAGUUCAAGUCUCAAGUUCAUGGAAUUUGGAUACUUAAACAUUUAUCACGAGUCAUGUCUUCAAGUUGCAGCUGUAAAUUUGGAGUCUUUGGUACUAGAUGAUGUUUCUUUGAACAAAAUAGAUCUCUCUUCUUGCAAGAAUGUUAGAAAUCUCUCAUUAGAUGAUUGUUUUGAAGAUGAGGAGUCAUCAAUACAAGUUCUUAUCUCUAAUUUUCCUCUUCUUGAACAUCUGACUUUGAGUUUCCUCAGUUCCGAUAGGAUUCAGUUUUCGAUAAAUUAUUACUAUGGAUCAGACUCGGAUUCAGACUCAGACUCAACAGAAUUUGAUCAGUUUAGUUCAAAGCAACUCAAAAUAUCGAAUCAACACUUGAAAAGUCUCAAUGUUAGGCAGUACGAUGAUGAUUAUAUGAUCAUUACAAUUGAAUCAGCUCCAGAAUUAACAUCUUUUCGUUAUGAUGGUGAAAUCCAUUUUAGCUUAUCACUAGAGUCAUCCAAUUUGUUGAAUGGAACAUUUCAUGUAUACGAGCACCGUAGUAUUGACAGUGACACAAGUUUUACCAACAUGAUGAAAUUUCUUUCGAAUUUAAAUUGCUCAUGGAACGUUGUAAGCCUACGUGUUCACAAAGCAAAGGCUCUCAUCUUUUCGGAAAAGUUGAAGAACAUAUGUAGUUCUCCCUUGAUUAAUUGGAAGCAUCUCAAACUAGUUCUUGGUGAAUAUGAUCCUGAAAGAUUAUCAGAUUUGAAGGAUUCAUUGAUGUGGAUUUCACCUUCUUUAGAAACAUUAUCUAUUAACGGAAAGGAGAUAUUUUAGUUUGCGUUACAGCUUGCCUUGUUUAGAAACAUUAUCUAAGGCUACCUUGUUUUCACUUUGUUUUUCCAUUAUUAGUAUUAUGAAAGAAGAGAUCAUAGGACUUAAUCUGUAACUGUUCCAGCAGUGAUGUUUCUUAUCUCGUUUCUCUGAAUUUAUUUUGUUAAGACCUGCAGAAUUGAACUUA